CCCUCGAUCAUCGCGUAUUGUCACUUGGCAUUUGCACCACCAUCUCGAGGUGCACACGUGUGUGAUGAUGGCGGCUCUUGUACUCGCGUCUUCUCAUCUACAGCAUCGGGAUCAAUAAUUGAGCCUCUCAAUAUCAAAUGUAGCUUAGACAUAGAGCCCAAUUACCCAACAGUCACCAAAAUGGUUCACUAUCGCACUAUGCGUGCUGUGUCGAGCAUCAUUAACUACUUCCACACUGUCUCCAUCGGGAUGGUACUAUUCUGCAUUCCGGCUCUGCACCUGCGCGUUCCAGUUCGGGUUCGCACAAUUGUAGGAAUCCUUCUCAAUCACAUCCUUUUGUGCUCCUACGUUCAUUGUACAAUGCCAGGACUCGGAUUCACAGGUGAUAUGGCCGGGUUUUUUGCAGUUAUGGUGCACAUUAUGCCGCUUAACAAGUGCCCAAUGUUUGCGGCUUUGACGGCGUGUGGGGAAUCGCUUGCGAUCAUUGCGGCGCAUAUAGGCAUCGGCACCACCACGUCCGGCUACUACGCCCUAUUGAUGACCUUUGGCUCUGUGCGCAUGCCCAUUGCCGCAGGCUUGGUGGCAACGUCCGACCUCCACAAGUCCCUAGCCAAGAUCAUCCUCCAUUCCGGAUUCGUGGAUUUCACUGGAGGGAUUGGCUUCCAAGCUCCCCAAGCGGGUUAUAUCUACGAAACAUUUGUCGUCUAA